UCCUUCGCGGGCAGGACGGUGCCGGGGGGAGCAAGGUCCUCUCCGCCUGGUUGCUCCGGCGUCUGGCCCUCUUCCUCGGCGAGUUGGAGGAUAAGCUGGCGCACGUGACGGAAGGGGCCGUGCUCGCGGACGUGAUGGAGCAAUGCCUGUUCUUCGCCGCCAGUAUGGGCCGAAUCGGAGGAGAUUUCCGGGCCUCACUGGGUCCCGUUUUCUCGCAGGCUAUCCUGGCCAUGGCCGACGCGCACUGGAGCGCGUCGAGGGUGGAAUUGGAGGCGCUGUUGGAGCGUUGUGCGCGGGAAGGCACCAUGCUUCGGGCACAACCUCGCCCACACAGGCAGUCCGGCAGCGGGUCGCACCCCUACCCCAUGUGCUAUUACGCCCCAGGAAGCACCGGACCCAACCAACACGAUGGCAGGGACACGGCCCAUCACAGUGCCCAGCCGGAUCCUGACACGAGCACCUCCGAAAGCGACUUUCCCGCGCCUCCUUCCUCCAUCCUUGCCUUCCCCCCCCUCGCCCAGUUCACGAACCUGGUG